AGGCACGGUCACACUGCAGCGCUGAAGAACUAUCGAUUCCGACAGGCCCGAUGUUUCGAUGUCAUAUCGAUACUGCUUCCAGCUCUAUACACUGCUUCUCUCGCUCUUCCGCCCGCAACUAAAACUCUGGAUCCGCGAUAAAUGUUAAGAAAAUAAAGACACCGCUCUAAUUAAAUGGCCAACCACAAGUGUACAGUGCGCGCAAUGUGAUCAGUGAUCAGUGGAGAGUGAUAUCCGAGAUCGGGCCACGAAACCAAGAUCGCCAUUGAGCAAUCCGGGAACGGCGUCUGUUGAAAAGGGACGCUGCUGCAACCAGAAAAAGGAGUGGUAGCUCGCUGCUCUAUGGAUAAAACCUAACAUUAUCUCUGGUGGCCCGCCCCAAAGGAACCUCCGCAUCCGUCUAAAUAUACCUUGAAGUCCGCUCCUGGCGAGCCUCCCCAGUAAAAUCGGCGGAAUCGGGCCAAGAAGAGAAUCACAUGAGGUGAACAAAACAGAUUUGUUGUGCGCAAAUUGCACACUCACAUGGAUCAACUGUUACAGUAGCAGCCACACCAUCAUCCCCACAGAAGCCAGAGCGAGAGCAGCAAUUUCAUGCCACGCUCAGCGAAAGCAGUCGACAGCAGCAACAACAGCAAUAUGUAGGCGCUCCUCAGCAGCAUUUCAACACAUGAAAUACAACAACCAAGAACAGCAGCAACAACAACAACUACUCCCAACAACAACAAGAACAAACCAAUAACUCCCAUAAACAACACAACAACAAGAACAUCAUUAGGAUAUAGAAAUCAGGGAACGAGCAACGCCACAACGAUCGCCCGGAUCUGGACACAAGAAUGCAGCACGUGAGCGCUGCCAGCUCGGUGCCAUCAGUAGUAACUCCUGUUGUGACCACUGGUGGGACAACGAUCACCUUGGGCGGCCCACCACCGCUCCCUAAAUCCGAGCACAAAGAGGAUGGCAAGCCGCCGCACGGCAUCGAAAUGUAUAAGGUGAACAUUGAGGACAUUUCCCAGCUCUUCACAUACCACGAAGUCUUUGGCAAGAUCCACGGCGAUGUGGUCAAUCAUCAAUUAGCAGCGGCCCACGGAGGCCAGUUGCCACCACCUCCUCCGCUUCCGCCGCAGGUCACCAGCCAUGCGGCGAGUGCAGCGGCAGCCGCAGCAGCGGCGUCCACGAAUAAUGCUGCCGUUGCAGCGGUAAUGGCCUCAGCGAAUGCAGCAGCGGCCGCGGCGGCAGCUGCAUCGGCGGGGGGACUACCGCCGGCCACCAGCGGCAAUGGGGGCCAGCAGGUGACGGUGACGACGACCAGCAGCUCGACUAGCAGCGGCGGGAGCACCACCAGUGGGGGCACCACGACCACGGCGGGUGAGUUGCUUAUGCCUAAAAUGGAGGGCGGCAUUCAUGGCGUGGACGGCAGCGGCAAUGGCGGCAAUGGUGGCGGGCAAAACGUGGCGCUGGCGCCAGACGGUACGCCCAUUGCGACGGGGACGCACGUCUGCGACAUCUGCGGCAAGAUGUUCCAGUUCCGGUACCAGCUGAUCGUGCACCGGCGCUACCACAGCGAACGGAAGCCGUUCAUGUGCCAGGUGUGCGGCCAGGGGUUCACCACGUCGCAGGAUUUGACGCGCCACGGCAAGAUCCACAUUGGCGGGCCCAUGUUCACCUGCAUCGUGUGCUUCAAUGUGUUCGCGAACAAUACGAGCCUGGAGCGGCACAUGAAACGGCACUCGACGGACAAACCGUUCGCCUGCACCAUUUGCCAAAAGACCUUUGCCCGCAAAGAGCACCUGGACAAUCACUUCCGCUCGCACACGGGCGAAACGCCCUUCCGUUGCCAGUACUGCGCCAAGACGUUCACGCGCAAGGAGCACAUGGUCAACCAUGUGCGCAAACACACGGGUGAGACGCCACAUCGUUGCGAUAUUUGUAAGAAGUCCUUUACGCGCAAGGAACACUAUGUUAACCACUACAUGUGGCACACUGGUCAAACGCCGCACCAGUGCGAUGUCUGCGGCAAGAAAUACACGCGCAAGGAGCACCUAGCCAACCAUAUGCGAUCCCACACCAACGAGACGCCGUUCCGUUGCGAGAUCUGCGGCAAGAGCUUUAGCCGCAAGGAGCACUUCACCAAUCACAUACUUUGGCAUACAGCAGGCGAGACGCCGCACCGGUGCGACUUCUGCUCCAAGACGUUUACGCGCAAGGAGCACUUGCUUAACCACGUGCGCCAGCACACGGGAGAGUCGCCACACCGCUGCUCCUACUGCAUGAAGACGUUCACGCGCAAGGAGCACCUGGUCAACCACAUACGCCAGCACACGGGUGAGACACCGUUCAAGUGCACGUACUGCACGAAAGCGUUCACGCGCAAAGAUCACAUGGUUAAUCAUGUACGGCAACAUACAGGCGAGUCGCCGCACAAGUGCACGUACUGCACCAAGACGUUCACGCGCAAGGAGCACCUGACGAACCAUGUGCGCCAGCACACGGGCGACUCCCCGCACCGCUGCUCCUACUGCAAGAAGACCUUCACGCGGAAGGAGCACCUGACGAACCAUGUGCGCCUGCACACGGGCGACUCGCCGCACAAGUGCGAGUACUGCCAGAAGACGUUUACGCGGAAGGAGCACCUCAACAAUCACAUGCGCCAGCAUUCGAGCGACAAUCCGCAUUGCUGCAACGUCUGCAACAAGCCGUUUACGCGCAAGGAGCACCUGAUCAACCACAUGUCGCGUUGCCACACCGGUGACCGGCCCUUCACCUGCGAGACUUGCGGCAAAUCGUUCCCGCUCAAGGGCAAUCUGCUCUUCCAUCAACGCAGCCAUACCAAGGGCCAGGAGAUGGAGCGGCCAUUCGCCUGCGAGAAGUGCCCCAAGAACUUCAUCUGCAAAGGUCACUUGGUCUCGCACAUGCGCUCCCAUUCGGGUGAGAAACCACACGCGUGCACACUGUGCAGCAAGGCGUUCGUCGAGCGCGGCAAUUUGAAGCGCCACAUGAAGAUGAAUCACCCGGAUGCUAUGAUGCCGCCACCACCCGUGCAUCCGCAUCCGCAAAUACCGGCUGGUGUGCUGACGCAAGUCAAGCAGGAAGUGAAACCGAUCAUAAUACCCCAUCACUCGGCGACCACCACGAUGCACACCAUCCAGCAGAUCACGGCGGGAGCGGCGGGCGGAGCCGGUGCGGUCCAGUUAACUCCGGGUCUGGUGCCUCUGGUUACCUCCACGCUCAUCUCACAUAAUGCGGCUGCCCAACAGCAGUCGCAGAAGCAGCAAGCCGCUGCAGCAGCUGCGCAGCAACAGGCUGCAGCCGCCGCUGCUGCCCAACAGCAAGCAGCUCAGCAACAGGCGGCUGCUGCACAUCAGCAGCAUCAGCAACAAGUGGCCGCCCAGCAUCAGCAGCAGGCUGCGGUGGCUGCUCAUCAGCAGCAGCAACAGCAAUUGCAGCAGCAGCAACAACUGCUUCAGUUGUCCAUCCAACAGGCGGCUCACCAUCAUCAGCAGGAGCAGCAUCGUCAGCAGCAGCAACAGCAACACCAGCAGCAACAACAGCAGCAGCAUCACCAGCAGCAGCAGCAGGGUCAUCCACAGGCCCCGCCACCGCAGCAGCAACAGCAGCCGCCGCCCAUCGCCUUGAUCAGUGACCCAGGUGCUCUAGCACGCGCCGCCAUCCAGCUGCAGCAUUUGCCUGCGAACGUGGAACAGCACCCGGUUGUUUACUAACAGUAGCCCCUCCUGCACGGCUACACUCCCACCACAGCCCACUCCAGCAGCACGACCAGCACCUCAAUAGCUGCCACAGCGGCCACUGCGUCGUCGCAAGCGGCGUGGUGAAGGCAAGCGUGCCACCAGUGAGCCAGUGCUAGUGAGCCGAGCUGACGCGACUUCUCUAAAUAGGACACACACCAUAACAAGCGCACCCCAUAUAAGCAGCUAGUUGUAUGUACAAUAGUUUUAGCAGCGCGCUGGUUACGCAGAUCUGUGGCCCCAAGCGUGGCGGUAUGCUGGGUUCCUAGGUUGUGACGAUUUUUAAAGCAAGCGUGGGUAGUAAAAUAUUACUUUUAGGACGAAAUCGUUCCGUUUUGUCGUUCAAAUGUCCUGGCUUCUAAAACGUGAAAUCCAAGUGAUGUUAAUUUAAUAUUUUGUUGGCAACUAAUUAUAUUUGUAUUCGUAAAAUCUUCUAAACAACAAUUUAAAAUCAAAUCACCCUAGGAACUCAUUAAGCUAUGCCCAAUCGCAAGUGAACUAAACACUUCUCAACUAGUCUGCCGCCGCCAGCUUUAACGUGCAAUACGAAUCAUCUCAUAGUUUGUUCUUGGUAUCUCUCUUUUUGUGUAUCUUUAAUGCUUAGGCGCUUAGCGUCUAAUUUUAUUCACGUGUUUUCUACAUUUUUGAAAUGUGUGCCAGGCGGCGCGUGAUUUUGUUUGGGUCAAUUGAUAGGGUUUUUGUAACAUCCAGUUGUUCCUAAGCUGCGCUCAGUGAAUCCAACGGAUACAGGAACCAAUCGGACUCAGACAAUUUUCUCGCUAGACACUAUAAGAAGGGGGUUUUUGUUGCCGUAACCAGCGAAAGCGCACCAUCUUGUAUUUUUAUUGUGUUUUGACUAAGUUAUGAUUAUACCCAUAUGGAGCGACAUUCAUAGAAAGCAUCCUCAUCAUACAUAAACAUAUGCAGAUUUGCAUAGGCAUACAAUUAUAAUAUAUACUUAUAGUUUGUAAAUAACACGCAACAAGACCCUUGGAAAUCUAUCGAAAAUUAUUAUCACAAUUGUAUUAUUUUUGCAUUUUCCAAGGAGGAACAUUGAUAUCGAGCAAACGCGCGAAAACUUUCACAUAUAUUGGCCAAGUGUAGUCCUUAACCCAGUUUACAAUAUAUCAAGCCCUGAAUGUUGGGCUGUGAUGAAUACGAGAUAUAUAUUAUUAUAUGACAGCGGAAACGGAAGCAGCAUAACGGCAGACCCAACUAACGAGAUAAUGAAAAGGGAUUAAACAAACAAGUUAUUAUAUUUAAUGUUAGUUGAACUACUAAAAGUAACAAUUGAAAACACUGAUCGGAGGAAUGGAGAAGCGAGUUCCCGCAUGGGGAAAGCGAGUAGUUUUUAGUUGGGCGCGUCGCCCAAUCAUUAUGAUUACAAUUACAAUUACGAUUAUGAUAUAUGAAUACUAAACCUAUAACAACAAGUUAUUACCCCACUAUUAAAGUUAACAAGCAACAACAACAACAACCAUACAUAUACAUAUAUACGACUAGGCACAACUCUAAAAUUAAUUAUAACCCUUAACUGUGCUUGUGUUGAAAACAACAAACAAACAUUAAGAAAAAGUUAGAAGAAAGUGAGACAAUUAACGAGAAAGCCCCAAGCGCCACAAGCAACAACAUAUCUGCUUUAAAUUUUACAACAAAAAAUGGAAAUCUAAAAAAAUAUAUUAAACACGAGUCAAAGUUUAAUAAUUUAGUAAGAAUACACACAAUACACAGACAAACUGACAGACACACGACCCACACAUUAUGCUUCCUUUUAAAUGCAACAUUUUAUACAUUUAAUUACCAAGAAUUAAAUGCUUAAAAUACAAUUUUAAUUUAAUUUAACAAACUGUAACUGUACACGAAUAAACGGAAAAUGUAAAACUGUUUGUUUAACCAUUCGAAGA